GCCAAGUGCACUGUUUCGCCUUAGACCGCGCUUUCAAGAUGCAGGGUGUCCGCUCCAUCUCCAACCUUCAAGGGCCACGUUACGUGUGCCCGGCCCCCGAAGGAGGAUUUGCGGUGAGCGAAGAGUGCGGGGACGUCAAGGUGUUCAGUAACACUAACAAACCGCUCUCUUCCAUCAGCAGCAAGUAUCACCACCACUUUGGCAACCCCGCUGGGAUCUGUUCCGAUAGUGAAGGCAACAUUCUUGUGGCGGAUGAACAACACCAGAAAGUGUACUUGUUUCCCAGUAGCGGAUCCCCAAUCUGCCUGGUAUCAAAAGGUCUACAGAGGCCAGCAGGAAUUGCUUGUUCCACACAGGGUUUGCUUUUUGUUGCUGACAGUGGGGAUAAUUCCAUCAAAGUCUUCAAAUACCGCGUACGGCCCUAUUACAGUGCUGACGUUACACCCAGUGACAGUCCGAAUGUAACUCCUAGAAGGAGGGCAAAGUAG